AUGUCGACUAACGGUGUGCCUGAGCCUAGCUCGAUGUCGACCACAAAUUCCACGUCUGGCAUCAACUCUGAAGGCCGCAAAGUCUUCCUUCCGCUGGAGAACAACCCCUCAACACUGACCCCGUUAGCCCAUACGCUCGGCCUGUCUCCAUCCUACGCCCUGCACGACCUGUACUCUUUCACAGAUGCGGACCUGCUCGCACUCGUUCCGCGUCCAGCUCUGGCGCUGCUGUUUGUGUAUCCUCACACCGACGGCGCUCAGGCUCGCCACCGCGCCGAGGUUGAAGCCGAGCAGGACUACAAUGGGAGUGGUGACGAGGACCCCGUUCUGUGGUUCCGCCAGAUCGUCGUCAACUGCUGUGGCCUCAUGGGCAUCAUUCACUGCACGCUCAACGCACACCAUGCCCUGCCCGCCACCGCCACCGCCACCGCUACCUCGACCGCAGACACACCCAUCAUCCUCCCAGACUCCACGCUCGCCAACCUGCGCGCCGCCGCGCUGCCCCUGCGCCCCGGCCCUCGCGCCGAUCUCAUCGCAACUUCCCCAGCCAUCGAAGCCGCACACGCCGCCGCGGCCGUGAAAGGCGACACCGUCCCGCCCGCACUAGGCGAGGAUCCGGGCCACGCGUUCAUUGCGUUCGUGCGCGGCGCGGACGGGAUGCUGUAUGAGAUGGACGGAUGUCGGAAGGGGCCAAAAUGUCUGGGAAAGUUGGAGGACGAGGGUGUGGAGGGCGGGGGACUGUUGGGCCGCAAGGCGCUGGAGAUGACGGUGCUGCCGUAUGUGGAGCAGGAGAUGGGUGGGGACGGGCUGGCGGGGGAGUUUAGCUGUUGUGUGUUGGCGCCUGUUGGCGGGGAAUGA